AUGAGAUUCAAGAAAGGGAAUAAGGUGGAAGUUUUAAGCAAAGUUGAGGUGCCGUGUGGCUCCUGGCUAUCUGCAGAGAUCAUUUGUGGUAAUGGCCACCACUAUACUGUGAAAUAUGAUGGAUAUCAAGGUGAUGCUGGUGAGGAAAUUGUGGAGCGAGUAUCCAGGAAAGACAUAAGGCCAUGUCCGCCUGCACCUGAAUUCAUGGAGAAUUGGAGUCCAGGUGAUGUUGUAGAGGUCUUCCAGAACUUCUCAUGGAAGAUGGCUACAGUUUUGAAGGUUUUGGGGAAAAACUACAUUUUGGUCAGGCUACUUGGAUCUUCUUUGGAAUUUCAAGUGAGCAAAUUCGACAUUCGGGUGAGACAGUCUUGGCAAGAUGAUAAGUGGAUUAUAGUAGGAAAGGGUUCUGCCAGCUGUGAGAAUAGAAAACAUUCUAGCCAACUUCAGAAGACGGCUUCAAAGACAAAACUGUCAGGUUCCACUUACUACCAUCCUGAAAAGAAAAAACUGAGUAUUCUGGAAUCCCAACUUGUCUCUUUUAAAACAUUGAAAAGAGGAAGCCAUUCACAAGUUGAGGCAUAUGCUAAACCUCCCCCAAAGAUUAGAGUACUUGGAAAUAAAGGUGGAUGUCAGAGAAUAAGAGUUAGAAAUUCACUCACACCAUUCAAACAGGUACAGGGUGUCAGUUUUCCAAGAGAUGUGCUCGCUGAAGAAUGUUUACCUGCUUCUGUAAACAACGGAAAAACUGGGAUUCCUAAUAUGGUGGAGAUAGAGAGGAGGAAGCAAACUGGUGCUUUGGUUUGUUCAUUUGGAGAAAACUUAGAAUCAAAUCAUGCUGAUAGUGUCACGUGCUCUGUUGGUAGUUGUAGUAUCACUAGCAGGAAUUCCUAUAAAUUUCAAUUUCCUGUAUAUGCAGGUCCUUUUGAAGAUGUAGAUGGUCCUUUUAGUGAUGCUGAGUCUGUCUGCCAGAGGGGUUAUGAGGAAGGGAAUUGUUCCCCUCCUACACAAGAGGAAUUGGCAGCAGAAAUUCAUAGGGCUGAGAAGGAGGCAUGUAGGUGUUGCUUCCAGAUGUCUACAGAUUUUCUCUUGCUCUAG